AUGGUGGACGAGCAUCAGAUGGCUUUUCUAAGAGGUAGGAAGAUGAUGGACGCAUCACUAUUGCCCAAUGAGCUAGUAGACUCCCGGGUGAAACAAAAAAAACCAGGAAUUUUGUGUAAGCUAGAUAUUGAGAAAGCUUAUGACCAUGUCAAUUGGAAUUUCCUUCUUAAAAUUCUGGAAGACACAGGCUUUAGUAGCACAUGGAUCAGCUGGAUUAGGUUUUGCAUUUCAAAUGUGAAAUGUUCCCUUAUAAUUAAUGGUAAGGCUGAAGGUUUUUUCCAAUCAUACAGAGGUCUCAGGCAAGGAGAUCCUAUGCCUCCUUUUUUGUUCCUGAUUGCUUUGGAGGAUCUCAAUCAUAUGUUCAGGAAAGCAAAGGCAAACAGCUGGACAAAAGGUUUUAGUCCCAAACUGGAAAGGGAGAAAUCUUGA